UUUGGUAACCAUCAAGGUUGAAGAAUUGAGUUAAAGAUUGGGUGAGUUUAAAAUUUUGAGAUUUGACAGUUGAAAGGAAGUUUUUCAAAGCCAAUACUCAAGUUAAGUAGAGUCUAGGACGAAAGAUUGAAUUGAUUUAGACGAUCAAAAGAAUUCUCCAAGGAAAGUUUGUUCUAUCUUCUGUUUGAAUUGCCAGUCCUCAAGGGAGAAGAAAGGUUCCAAAAAAUUGCAACACAAAAGCGCCGUCCCACUAAAGAAGUCAUAGGAGGCCCCUUUUAAAACCAGGAGAGCUGACUGUGGAAGUAAGACCAGAAGUCAGAGAGAUAGAGACAAUAGUGCUAUGAGUAGUAAUGCCGGUAGAAUAGAUGGUAGCGGAGGAGGAGGUGAAAGUCCUCGGAAAAAUGGUGCGGCUGUGGUGGAAAGACGGGCACUCCGUGGAUUGGAUCUGCUGAGUUCACCAUUGAAUCCUCAGAUUCCUAAAUUGGAAAUGAUGAGAGAGACUAGUGGACCCUUGAUGUUUAAGGGAUCAGGACCGAGCCAAGGACUGGGUGCCCAGGUAUUGGGUCAGACAACUACAAUGGGACCAGAAAUUACACAAAGACGGUCACAAGGACAACCCCAACGAAUGGGUCAGACUGGUAUAAUAGAGGGUCAAGGACUGCUUGAAGGACAUAUAAAGGUCGAAGGUCUGGUGGAAGAGAAUGCAGUUGAUCGUAGACAGUCUCAAGGACUGGCUAAUGGUGGUCAAAACUAUGGACUGGUUCAAGACCUGACUAACAGACUGACCGAUGAUGACCCAACAAGUCUCACUCAAAGACUGGGUGGUGUCUCACAAAUUGUGAAUAACAGAACUGUUACUGAAAGUCUUGGUCAACUCUCAAGUACCCAACACUCUGUAGACUCAAUCAAAGACAAAUCCGACUUACUAGUCCAUGGAUACAUGCAUGGACAUAUCCACAAACAUAAAGACCAUACGCAUAUCCAUGGACAUAUCCAUAACCAUGACCAUUCACAUGAUGGAGAGGAUGGCCUUGGAGCUUGUAAGGAGUUUGAAGAGGCCAGUGUUUGCGAAGGGAUUGUUUGUGAUGAGUUGGAUGAUUGUUUUUUUGAGUAUUGUGGGGAGAUGUUGGGAGAGAGCAAUACCAAUGGGAAUACCAAUGGCGUAGCCAGUGGUAUGAACAGUGGACUAGCUAAUGAUGUAGUAAGUGGAGUAGCCAGCUCAAUGUCUAGUGGAGGGACCACCACCACCUUAUCUAAUGGAGCAGCCAGUUCCUUAUCUAAUGAUCCAACAAAUGUCACCAAUUCUCUGGAUUUAUCUCCACCAACCACCCAUAGUCAUCCAACAACCCCCUUACUGAUUAUGGAAAAUGAAUGUGUUGAUGCUAAACGACCUAUUUUCGAAACCCUCAUUUCCAACGUCCAUCAACAAUCACAAGAAGAACGUCAUAAACGUAGAAAAGUAGCUGCUGCCACUGCCAUGAGUCCUCAAUAUCUCCAAGACUCGCUCUCCAUGCCCUUGGAUUUGGACUUACAUUUCCCGCAUGUCUGCCAUACUGGAGAGGAAGAAAUCCCUGAGGUUAAUUCUUCUCAUGCCGCCCCUGGUCAAGGUCAUAGUCAUGGCCCAGGGUCCGGCCAUCAUAUCCACAACUCUUGCUUCCAUACAAGAAUCCCCAAUGUUUCAGAAAUCAAUACCAUGUCAGAUUACGAGUUUUACGUCCAAUUCAACAAUUUCGGCCAAGGAUCUCCCUCAGGUGCCGCCCCAAACUACUCCACGUACCCGAGCUACCCAUCGGUACAGCAAGACCCAACCACUCAAUGUCAAUGGGACAACUGCUAUAACCAAGUCACCAACGACACUUUCCUCCAACACGUGCAGCAGAACCAUCUCCCAUCCAGUGGGUUACCACCAUCAAAGUUCCAAUGUGAAUGGAACAACUGUGACUUUUCCAUUGACUCCUUGGACGAGUUCUUGAACCAUGUCACGGCGCACAAGACCACCACCCCCUCAUCCACCUUGGUUGAUCAGAGUUCACACCCUCAUUCUCUACUCCCCUCAGAGUCCCUGAACCAACUCAACAUCACUGCCAUGAACAUAUCUCCACAAGUUGAUCUCACCCGAUGUAGUGGCCAGGCAGCAGCCAACAACACUUCUAACCAUCACCACUGUGGUGGACAUCUGCACUCUUCCUCCUCCACCACCUCUGCCGACAACCUCAUUUGUCAAUGGGAAGUCAGUAAAGAUUCUAACGGAAACCCAAUCCCCUGUGGGGCCCAUCUCAAGUCCACAGGAGAGCUCCAGGAGCAUCUUAUCACACAUAUCGGCCACGGGAAGCUGGUCUACCAUUGUGGAUGGAUAGGCUGUGAGAGGCAUCGGGGCAAAGAGUUCACCCAGAAACAGAAACUCUUGCGUCACAUCCAUAUUCAUACACGGUUCAAACCUUGUCAAUGCACCAUCUGUGGGGCCAAGUUUGCCGUCGAGUCGAUGCUCAAGCAACAUCUACGUAUCCACACGGGCGAGAAGCCGUUCACGUGCUCGAUCUGUGGCAAGACAUUCACCACGAGCUCGUCACUUUCCAUCCACCAUCGAGUCCAUACGGGCGAGAAACCGCUCGAAUGCAAAUGGCCCGGGUGUGGCAAACGGUUCAGCGAGAGCUCUAACUUGACUAAGCAUAUGAAGAUCCACAUGAAAUCGUUUGAAUGUGAACGGUGUGGUAAGCAGUUUGAGAAGAAGCCCAGUUAUACAAGACAUAUCAAGAGUUGUAUGGGAGAUAAUUCCAAUCAACGCGAUCUAUAGAGUUAUCACCACGUGAACCGGCAUUCGGGGAGAGCCACUGCAUGGUGCCUAGUUGAACAGAAGCCCUCACAGCCAGUUGACCAUGGAGUGCGAGAGGAGCAUGCUAGUCCGUGGUGCUGCAAGCCGCUCCGCUGGCCCCUGCUCGGGGUGAGCCACUGCGUGGGGCCUAGCUCCUCUACGAGGAGUCUUACCUACCACCCACAUGGACUUCCUCGUUAGAGGAACAAGGCCCCCACGGCUAGUGGCCCACGGAGUGCCAGCGGAGCGGCUUACAAAAGGGGGAAUUCAGAUGCUCCACUGGCCAGACUGGUAUUAGUACUUCUUCCCUAAUGAAACAGGAGCCUCCACUACGAGAAGGGACCCUUCCCAGUGGAGUCCGACUCUCCCGGAAGUCGAUACACCAACUCAUGAACUUGGCUCCUCCCACUCUUCUACACUUGCAGCCA